CGCACAGUGCAGCUGACAACACUGUGUGCUCCAGAAAGGACUGCUUUUGCACGGCUCUAACGACGUUAUUAUGCAGUAACAUCAAUUAAACUGGCUGAUACAGCAUACUGUUGUAAACAUCCGAUACCAGAACGUCGUUUAUGCACGAGUAUCGCUUCUUAUGUAUGUUGAUCUGCAAAGGAAAUCACCAUGUCCAGUAAUGUGCGAUUUGCCUACAAUCCAAUAUAUGACGAUCCAACGCUGACAAUGAAUUCACCAAAUGAAACGCAACAGCACUCCUACUCCGACGCCGACACAAUACCGAUUAUUCAGAAAUCUGUCGAAAUACCGGAAAUGGCGCCAAUUGUACAGGAAAAGUCGGAUCAGAGGAAACUACGCUGGAUCCGCUGCGUGAUCAUCUUUGUGGUCUUCUUGCUGAUGAUGAUACUUCUAUGCAUCCUCGGUAUCUUUCUGUUUAUUUACCAUCACCGUCUGACGGAAAUCGAAAUGCGAAAUGCCUUGCCGACCACCACCGAGUUCCCCGUCACCACCCCCACGAACACUCUCGUCGACCUUACUGGUGAAAUUAUCGAUGCCGACACCACUGAUCCGAUUCACAACGCGACCAUCUCCGCCCUGUACUUCCUAACCUUAAACACGGCGAUCCAGGCCGUCAGCAAUAUCGACGGGGAGUUUGACUUCCCCCUGAACGUGACCACCAAAUACAUCCUCCUGUUCGAACACCCCGCGUACCGUCCCGUGGAGAUCCCGCAUUACCACAUCAAAGCGGCGGACGUCGAUCCCGAGCCCCUGCGUAUCCGCAUGAUCAGUCAGAGUAAGGAGUUUCUGGCCAACGGCCCGGGAGUAGUACAGGGAAGUGUCCUGGACGCCAACACCAGCCAACCGCUGGCCAACGCGACGGUCAUCUUCCGCAACGGUCUGCGCAACGAACACGGCGGGGUGGUGGCCACUCUCUCCACGACGGCUAACGGGACCUGGGAGAUCCGUCUACCGACAGGACACUACACUGUAUGUCUGGAGAAAGCCGGCUACAAACCCGAAUGCCUGGCCGUGGUGGCGCUGGCUAAUCGCACGCGCACGUAUCCACACCAGCUGAGUUAUAUGUACCGCGUCCUCACCGUGCAGUUCCUCCUAGAAUGGCGGAACAUUUCGAGAACGGUCUUAACCGGGACAGCAGAAGGGUCGGGUGUAACCGUCGUCAACCAGACGCAGAGUUGUCUGGCGACGUCCUGCCGGAGCACGCUCACCGUCAGUAAAUUAAGUCCCGGACCGUUUUCGUAUGCCGUGCGUCGUACGGAGGCUUCGUCCUCGGCGCUGGAUGCCGGAGGAUUUGACGCCUCGGUGACGGUGUACAUUAAGGGGGUGGUACGAGGUCACUAUCGGGCACCGCAACGCAAUGGCGCCGUCUGGGAUGUGGUGGUUAUCGACGGGGCGGGGGGCAAGCGUCUGACGGAAAUCAACACUGUACAUAACUAGAAUUAUUGCAUCCUAGAAAUCGCUGCUUGCGGACGUUUCGCUUUGUAAUGUUGCAUUAGGUCUUGUCGGCUGUUUUGGUUCAGUUAUCUUUGUAUGUCCCAGUCUGAAUGUCAAAUAUUAUGUUUAGCGGCCUUUGGUACCGAUGGUACGUAUCUGUAUAUGCACAUAUGCACCGCGAAUGAAAUAAACACAACUUUGUA